AUGGGCGGGGAAAUUAAUUCUCAAUCAACAAAUAAAGUGUUAGAACACUUUAUUUUAACAAAAUUUGAUCCUCUCCUAACUAUAGUCAAAGAAUUGAACGAUCGUUUACAUUUAUCGGACAAAGAAAAUUUUAAACUAGAAAAACGAGUGGCACAUAUAGAAAAACAACUUGAACUUUUAACUAAAGAUCAAAAUUACAAAUUUUCACCUAUCGUUGAGACACAAGCGGAUCCACACAAUUCACUGCAAAUACUUGAAACAGAUCCAUCAUUAGUACCUCCAUGGCUUUUUUCAUGUAAAAUUGGAACUCCUUCAUCGUCUAUUCAAGCAUUGCUCAAUAUUUCUAAUGCUAAUACAAUUGAAUUAGAUGUUACAUCGUGGUUAAGAGAGGAAAGCAUGUGGCUAGAUUUAUUAGAACAACUUCCCAAAAAUAUUUCACCUAUCAUUGUAGAAUCGUCUCAAUUACAAACUUUAAGACAACAUGCAAGAAGAGCUUUGUUAGAUUUAUCUCAUGGUGAAGCCCUUAUGAUUUUAAGAAAUGUCCCAGGAAAACAUCAAGUUUCUAGUCAGCCUACUACAAUAACUCUUCAAUUAUGGCAUCAGCUGUUUCAGAAGCAUUUAAGAGAGUGGAAGCAAUUGAACCUCAAAAUUUGGGAAGAGUUUGUGUUGUUUUAG